UAAAAGCAAACAACUUACAAAAAUAUAUGUUCAACUUGUGUCAUUAAAAAAAUGGUUGAAACGAAACGUGUUCUCAUCUAUCUGACAAUCAGUCGUCCAGCCGAUACAGUUUCUUUGGAGGUUGUAAUUACGUAAGGAUUGAAUUUUACAUACAGAAUGGCUGGAGGAGAUUCCGUUGAUGAAUCCCAAUUGAAGGGUUUUUCAAAAUAUUUUAACAGUAUGACAAAUCGCGGCAGGGCUAAUACGGCAAAGGCUACAUAUGCCUUCUUUGGUGUAGUUAUAUUAUAUUUCACACUCAAGCCAAAGUCUAAGAAGUAAUAACAAGUUACACUUGGAUUUCCAGUAUAAUUUAAGUUAAGCCUUGUAAUAAUGGUUCCAACAGAAGAAUUUUUAAUUAUUUAGUGCAAGUAAUAAAUCAUGUAAAAUU